AUGAAUAUGUUGGAUGAUGAAGAUGACCAAAGCUUUCACGCUACGCGUGACGGCUACUCCCAUUUGAGCGAUGUCGAAUGGGAUGCGGUUGAACGAAUGGGUUCGACCAUGGGCAUCCAUGCUGUUAGCGUCAUGCUAGAGGCUCUCAAUAGAGAUGCCCAACAUGCUACUAUCGCCAAGUUCAUUCAAAAUGAACUUGACGCUGAACGCGAGAAAGUAGCCUUGCUUCACCAACAAGGUUCUCAACAAGCAGAGUUGUUGAGAGAACAAGGUGCUCAACAGUUUGAACUGUUGAGACAGCAGCAGGCUGCUGCUGGCGGGUCGAUGCGACUCGCGUCGACCCGAGACUUUGAAGAUUGA